AUGGUGUCGGUAACCCGGCACUGCGGGUCUGCUCUCGCCAAGCCCGCAGCUGCUUUGUGCUUUUCGCAGGAUCCAAAGUCCCCUCCAGGGCUCUUCCGUCCCGUCUUGUCUUCCCACCCCAACGCCAUCCAUCCUGUGAUCUAUCUGGCCCCUCAUCCGCCGCCAUCAUGGGUCGCCUCCCGACCUCUCGGUUCCUGGGCGCAAGAAAGCACACUAAGCGGCCCCGACUUCGGUCUCCUGCGCGCUGGUGGCGAACCCCCCCAAACCACCGGCCGCUUUUCUCUUCUUACUCUGGACUUGGUCAUUAAUCUCUUCCUGCCGCUUUCCGCUUUGUUUGUCUUUGGUGUAAAGCGCAUCAUGGCAGUGAUUUCGCAGCUUCGUGAGGCCCUCGGCCGCAAGCCGGCCCCGGUCGACGACUCACCCAUGACCAUCACCACGGCGCCGGAAACCGCCAACAACAUCGAUGACAAGGAACUGGGUGAGAUCCCGCCCGACGACGAGAAGCCGGGCGAGGAGCAGAGGGUCAGCCAGGAGGUUCAGCAUGGUGUCAAGUUGGCGCAGGCUUUGACCUUGACGUGGGGCAAGAACUCGCUGAUUGCCAUCUUCAUCUUUUAA